AGCACUAAUUGCAGCACAACACAGGAAUGAGUGUAACUUAAAAUCCUCUAAUACGACUUAGGUAAAUCUGCUAACACUCAGAUUGCAUAAGUUUGACUCAAGGGUCUCUUUGUUGCCCACUUCGUUCUUUUCCAAGCAAAAUCCUUGUGUGGCUCCGGCCAGCUGUAGUUCGAUUAAUCCACCAAAAGGGUAGCCAGAAGGGAGGGGGCCGAUAACCACUUGAAGAAAUGGAGACUUUAGUGUUUUUAUUUUCGUUUUCUGCCCUUGGUGUUCUUUAUGCAAUGAACACCACCUCUGAGUUUCAAGAGCCUUAUGUGAUCCUGGAGAUUGGCGUCGCUGUGCUGGUAAUUGUGUUUCUCUUCUACUACCUCAUCACUCGUGGCAACCCACCUAAAGACUUCUUAUUCUUUGUUUUUGCAGAGUUUUGUUUUACAUGUGUCAUUGACCUGACAAGUGCCUUGGAAUAUGAUGGCAUAAUUUCUGGCUUUAUGGAUUUCUACCAGAAGACAGGUGAGCCGUACCUGGGGACUUCAUAUGCCAUCAUGAUGUGUUACUGGGAUGGAAUAGCACACUUUAUCCUCUACCUGAUGAUGAUCAGCAGGAUAACAGACAGGAGAGCCUAUCGUACACUGGGCCUGUUCUGGGCCGGCUCCUUGUGCUCUAACAUGAGUGUGUUUAUUACUGGGAUAGUGGCAGGUAAAUACGGGUCAGAGAUUCGUCCAGCCUUCUGGCUCAAUUUUCUCUUUCUUUUGAUGCCCGUGCUGGGAGCCAUCACCCUGUUCACUCGGCCCAAGGACAGACCACUUAUCGGUGGAUACAAUGCCCAACACACUCAGACCAUGAAGCUAAUCUGGCGUCCCUUGGACCUCAUCCUGGUGGUGCUCCUGUUGGCUGCCAUGGCUUUCACCGCCCUCAGAGGCUUGGUGGCUCUGGACUCCCCACUUGAAGCCUGCUCUGUAUACCUGAAUCAGUACGAACCCUACCUGAAGGAUCCUGUGGGCUAUCCCAAGGUGAUGAUGCUGCAUUUGUUCUUCUAUGGGCUGCCUCUGCUGGGUGCGUUUGUCUAUGGCCUCCUCAAACCUGGGUGUACGUGGAUGUCAGACUGGACAACGUUCUUUGCUGGUGCCAUCAUCCAGUGCCAGUGGUCCCACAUCGGGGGGUCUCUCCAUUCUCGCACCACAACUCCAUUUCGUAUCCCGAAUGAUGCUUUCUGGACAGUCCUGGGAGCUAAUCUGCUCUACGCAGCCGUCCCCAUCCUGGUGGCCAUGCGGGUUCACAGUAACCCCUACUUCUUUCUAAAAAUUGCCCCCUUUCCUGGGCAGACUGGUUUGCCAAACAGCGAGGAGAAAGAUACCAAGUACAAAGAAAAAUAAAUCUGAAUUCUCACUGACCUUUGGAGAUAAUCACUUAUGCCAAGGUUCAUAAAGAGCCUUUAUCACAAAUGUCAUACUUGAAAAUUCCAAAAUAAAAGAUUAUUUUGCUCAAAAUCUUU